CCUUUCGGCAACCCUCGGGUGUUGGUGUGUAUGACCCAAAAUAACAAUAAUAAAAAAAAUUACAUCCUAUUCUACCACUUCCUGGAGCAGCCGCCUCCCCUCCCCCACUCCGCAACUGACGGUCUCGGAUCUCCUGUACAAUCUCUGAUCUUCGAUCACUCCUUCCUAUCAACCACUUAGGCCACGCCAGGUCUUGUUUUUGUUAGUCCUUGAGCUUAUCUCUUGGUAGUUCGUGAUGAUUGUUCAUGAGGGCUUCAUUUUCAGUCAUCAAUGUUGUCUCUGCUGGAUUGAAACGGAUAGUUGGGCGGAGGAGGACAUCUAGAUUUUUCUCAUCUGAAAAUUUAUCACUAGCUUCCUCAUCUUUCUCGGAGAAUGAAGGCUUUAUCUUUGAAGGUUCAAACUCUAUAAAUGAUCCUUUGCCAAAUGUCAAAUGCAUUUCAACCAAAAGUAGAGAACAUAAUGAGCUGUCUUUUAAUCUGAAUGAUAUCUCUAAUUCUGUUGACAAUGAUACCUUUAUUUGUGAAUACCAGAAAGCAGAUGAUGACGAGUUGAAAAGAAUAAAGUUAAUACUUACAAACCGUGGUUGGAAUUUAAGCACUCAACAUGGCUAUAGAAUUGAUUUGAAUGAGCACAACAUUAUGCGCAUUUUGAAUGAUCUCUUUGAGGAAAGUUCAGACGCAGCACUUGCUCUAUACUUCUUCUGGUGGUCGGAAUGUUGUGCUGGAUCAAAGCACACAAUCGGAUCAAUAUGUAGGAUGAUACAUAUUUUGGUUGCUGGGAAUAUGAAUUAUAGAGCUAUGGAUCUAAUUCUAUGUCUUGUAAGAAAGAAUGAUGGAGAAGAUUGUUGGCAUAAUUUGUUGCUUACAAUCCUUCGUGAAACCCAUACCGAAGGAAGGGUUUUGGAGACUGCAUGCAGCAUGCUUGUUGAUUGUUAUGUUAAGGAAAACAUGGCGAAUGAUGCUCUUCAAUUGAUAUGUCAGAUGAAGCAUUUUAAUUUAUUUCCUUCAAUAGGGGUUUGUAAUACACUUGUCAGGGCAUUAUUAAAAUCAGAUAAGUUGGAUUUGGCUUGGGAUUUUGUGGAACAAAUGCAGAGACAAGGGAUGGGUUUCAAUUCUUCUAUUAUUAGCUUAUUUAUCUACAAAUACUGCAGUGAAGGUAAUCUUGAAACUGGUUUGAAAUUGCUGAUGGAAAUGAAAAAAUACGGGGCUAAUCCUGACAUUGUUGCAUACACUAUAGUGAUUAAUUCCCUUUGCAAAAUGUCCCUAUUAAAAGAAGCCACUUCUGUAUUGUUUAAAUUGACUCAGAUGGGUAUCUACCCUGAUUCAGUUUCUCUUAGUGCAGUUAUUGAUGGUUUUUGCAAAAUGGGAAAACCAGAGAAAGCAGUUGAUAUUUUAAAGAUUUUUAGAGUUUCUCCCAAUAUUUAUGUGUACAACAGCUUUAUUUCAAAGUUAUGCAUAGAUGGCGACAUGAUGGCAGCGUGCAAUAUUUUUAAUGAGAUGUCAGAUUUGGGCUUGGUUCCUGAUAUUUAUAGUUACACUAGUAUAAUUGGAGGAUAUUGCAAAGUUGGGGAAAUAAAUGAGGCUCUUUCUUUUAUGGGAAAAAUGUUGAAGAGGGGAAUCAAACCAUCUGUUACUACAUACACGGUGCUAGUUGACGGUUAUUGCAAAUCUGGUGACAUGGACAAUGCAGAAUAUUGGUUUCAGAAAAUGAUAACAGAUGGUUUGGUACCUGAUGUUGUUGCAUACAACACAUUAGUGGAUGGCUAUGGAAAGAAGGGUCACUUGCAUAAGGUUUUUGAACUUCUAGACAUGAUGAGAUCUGCUGGAGUUUCUCCUGACAUUGUGACAUAUAACACUGUAAUUCACAGCCUCGCUGUACGAGGAUUUGUAAAUGAGGCAAAAGGUCUCUAUGAUGAGCUCAUUAGUAGGGGUUGUUCUCCUGAUGUAGUAACAUUUACCAGUAUUAUCAGCGGGCUUUCAAAGAAGGGUAACUUUGAAGAAGCAUUCCUUGUGUGGUUACACAUGAGUGAGCACCAUAUGAAACCUGAUGUUGUGAUGUGCAGUGCUUUACUUAAUGGGUACUGUAGGGCACGUUGUAUGGAGAAAGCCAAUGCACUGUUCUGUAAGAUGAUUGAUAUUGGUUUGAUUCCAGAUUUGAUUUUGUACAACACACUCAUACAUGGAUUUUGUAGUGUUGGAAACAUUGAAGAUGCAUGCCAGCUGGUAAACAUGAUGGUGGAACAUGGUACCAUUCCAAAUGAAGUCACUCAUCAGGCACUCACCCUUGGAUUUGAGAAAAAAUGGGCCAAAAAUCCUGAAGAAGCUGCAGCUUUUAAGCUGCAACAAAUACUGCUGAAAUAUGGUGUACAGGUCGACAUUGAUCAAUAUUUGACCAUAACAAAGCACUCCAGUAGGAAGUCCGCAGGAACAUGAGUGGUUGUUUUGUGGUUUGUACGUCAGGGUUGCUGCAUGGAGCCCAUAGCUCUAUUAAGUGACAUCUGUGCUAUGGAAUUUGUGGUGAAGCUGUAAACUAACUCUUUUCUACUUAUCAGCUGUUGUUCAUUAAUGCUUUUGGGGGGGCCACGAAAUGUCGUGCUGUACACUCUUGCAAGAAGCACCCUAAUUGGUUGCCAGCUCCAAGCAAAUGGGUACUUGUCAAGGGUGGAACCAACGCAUGAAUUUGUACCUACCAGCCCAAACAUAAUUGGCUUUCCUGCAACACAGUUAGUCUUAAAUUAUGAAGUUGGCUGAGACACCCGGGCUUCAUCAGGGAAUGCUAAUUGUUACUGGAUUAAAGCAGCAAAAAGAUGAGAACUGUUGUCUAGGCUAAAAAGUCAGGGUACCUGAAGAUCUCUCCAGCAAUAUGUGCUCAUGGCCAUGGGGGACCUGAGUGACGGAAUGCUUCAGAAAAAGAUAGCAUGAAAAAUAUCUUGGAGAUCGAGCUACUUGGUUUAAAUGUAAUCUAAUUUCGAAGAAUAAAGCUACCUGUUAAUGGUUUGAGGUCUCUAAGAAAAGAUUUCUGCACUCUUUAUUGCUGAAAGGAAAAAAAAAAAAUUAGGUUUCCUCGCUUAGUGAGGGUGCGCAUCGCUGUCCAUCAUAUCAAGCUCAUGUGGCCAUCUUGAUUUAGAUCCUCCUAAACAUUAAUUUUAGACAAUGUCCUCAAUGAAGUGCUUUUGGGCCUAGUCAGUCUGUUACUAAACAUUAAUUUAAAUCAUGGCUUUGAUUUAUCUAACAAAUCUUUUAACAAACAUAACAGCUUUGUUGAUUGUAUUAAUCUGACCUAUUAGUGUUUGAUAUCAUUUAAAACUAUAUUUAAUUGCUAGGACAGGUUGCUAAAGAAUCAAUUUGUACGAAAGACGAUGAUAAUUAAAAAUAAUAAUAAAAUAGGCUAUGUCAAAAAUUAUCAGAUGGAAUAUAGAGAAACCUUAAAAAAGAAUUUGUACAGCAUUUGCUCAAUUGGUUAAUUGUAGUGAUUCUUACUGGCUAAUCGGCUACUCCUUUCUUUUGGUUAUUUUUAAAUAUUGUUUGGUAUCUGCUUUGCGAGAGGUUAUGAGAUCUGAGUUGGUGUUGAACUGAUUUCAUUGUCCUGGGCCCUUUUGCUGCAUAAGGAAAAGGUUCAAUUCCGGGACACGUGUUGCGAUCAACAAUGAUUGUUCAUCCCACAGCAAUUCUUGGAUUUUUUUUUUAUUUACAUGUCAUUGUUGUUCAUCCCACAACAAUGACAUGUAAAUUUGCAUCUUGUUUCGUUUGCGUGAUCUAACUUUCAUGGCCUUUGUAGUUGUGCUUAAAUCACUUUUGAUUGUUGUAGCAACUCUGAACAAAUCUACUCUUUCCUGAAAAUGUAUAUCAUUAUAAAUGUGGUGUUCUAUGUCUAAAUUUUACAAGGCAAUUCAUAAUGUAAACUGUAUUAGUCAAUGAAAGAUCAAUUAUCCCAACAUUGAAUGAACUAAUUUGUUCUAUAUUCUGAU